AUGGAAAGUAAUAAUAUUACAGCUUUAAAGGAUAAUCCAUGGAAGACCGGGAAGGGUAAGAAGGAGGCACAAUUGAGCUUACAACGAAGCGGUUUUAUCCCCAAAACUGUUAGCACGACUGGAGGUCAUGAUAUCGUUAGCAGCCAUAUGAAAUCUCAUUACAAUCGAAUUACCGGUGCUAAAUGCCAUAGUCGUAAAGGAACCUCAACAUUUGAUUCUACAGGUUCCGUAUAUGCUGGACUGCCCCAAUCUGCACGUAGCAUGAAAGGACGUAGUCUACUAAAUUCACGUCCUAUGUCUGCUCGUACUGCGCCAGAAACAAGCACAAAGGAUGUUAAUAAGAGUACUACCAAGGAACAGGGGAGCAAUUAUAAGCGGAAAGUGUCUCAAAAGAAAUCAAAAUCUGCAAUAGCUGUCGAUGUGAAUUCUACAAAUAUAGCUGAUACACCCGUUAUGUCAAAUUAUAAUGAUCAUCCUACACCUGAUAUGAAUGAACAAGACGAAGCCGACGAUGGACCUUCUAAAGAAAAAUUGGCAGAAUAUUUGAUCUUAAAAUAUGGUGUUAAAUCGAGUAAGAAAGCUAAGCAACAAGAGCGUAAAGGACAACAAUCGCAGCUGUUUUCAAAUAGUGUACAAAAAGUCCCAUCUAGAAUUACGCAUGAGGUUAAGGAUGAUCCAAAUAGAAUUACGUCUACAAGAUUAGGAAAUUAUGAUUUUCAAGGCAGUAGUGUUAGAGACCCUAAUAACCUAAGAAGUAAUGUCGACAAUUGGCUAAACGAUGCGAAUGCUUCCGUCAUGGCAGAAGUAAAUUUAGAAAUGGAAUACUUGAAAUUUAUGUCUUCCCUCACAACCGAUGUAAUCUCUCGUGGAAUUUUUUCUGAUAGAUAUAUUAAUCGUAUCAUUGAACAGCAUAUUCGAGACAAUAGAGCUACAUUAAAUGAAGAUCACAUGCGUGAAUUGACAGAACAAUUGAAAAGGGAUCUCUGCAUUCGCGAUUAG